GUUUAUUUUGUGGUAUCAUGCUUGGUUUGGAGUACUUAAUACAUAGCAAAUGUUAUUUUUCAAUUUUUUAUGUUUAUUUUAUCUGAUGGUGCUAAUUAAUAGCCACACUAUAUCUAAAAACAUAGCAUACUACGAUACGGUUGAUGACAUAGUCGACAGCGUCCACGAUUUGGAAUACAGAAGAGAAUACAAGCCGAAACAUGAUAGAUUCCACCGUUACUACAGAAAAGAAGAAAGAGAAGAUGCACCCAAAGCACAGAAGAAAGAAGAACCAAAACAGAGCACAGCGGGUAAGCUGGUGUCUGACUCGAUCGAGGUAACCAAACUGGCAAAAAUAGGGAAGCCGUUACCAAAAACAACGAAACGAUUAGGAUUCUGGCAUAAGUUCAGAUUCAAAGGGAAUGAUAAGAAGAAUAAAGCAUACAAAACGGAAUACGAUGUGUACAAAAGGAAAGCCAUGCCUCGGUCCAGUUAUCGCCAAAAACAAUAUUUCCAAUCACGUCAUAGAGACAGAGAUUCUAAAUCGGAAGAUACUACAGAUGGUAUUCAAAGGAGAAUAACUCAUAGUAUUCAUAGAGACAGACAGACUAACGUAGAAAAACGGAAGAGAAGUAUAGCAAAUACCACCACAACUGACAAGAGCAUUAGUACAAGGGCAUCAUCAAUUUUUAGCCCAAUCAGCGCUAAAACUACAUCACUAUUAAAAUUGGCCAAAAUCAAAACAUACGAACCGUUCCACAGUAAAGACAAUCUUACUAAAUCUUUGACGGCGUUAACGACAAAAAUUAAUGAUCUGAAAAAAGAAUACGGAUUGAAAUUAAAAAAUACCGAUACUUAUCCAACUCACGUUACACAAAGUAUGUUAAAAAACAUCUCUACUGUGUCUUCGACUGUUUUAACUACUACUCAAAGCACUACUGAAGAUGUAGACUUCCUCGGAACAGCUCAGAUUGAAGCUUUACUGAAUGACAUUAAAGUCAAAGCUGUACAAAUGGUGGCAGAACAAAGCCCCGCUAUAACAGACAUUAUUACAAACACCGUUACUGAAACUACAUUUGGGGCAGACCCCAUACUGACACACAUCAGUACACCUGGCUAUGCUCUCAGUACGUAUAUUUCUAUUGACAGUGACGGCGUUUUCAGUAAACGAACUGCUUCUCCUAGUACAGCAGGACCAAAAGCAAAUGAUACUGUAGUGAUAUCGAAUACAGAACCUACACAUAUAAUUGGUACUAGAUCUAUCAAUGAAGACGUCUAUACCAUAGCUCAAACUAUUGAAGAUAUGCUGCAAAGGGAAUUGAAGAAAGUCAUCAAAAAAGUUAAAGGGAAAGUGUCGCCUCAACUGAACGAAGAAAUAGACCAUGCCAAAACUACAAUCAAGAAGGAAACGGAUAAGGCACUUAAAAAGAUGACACAAAGUAAUAGUAAACAAGCGCCUACAGCUGUAACCUCGCCAAUGUCAACACCUAAAGCGAAAACUAAAGCUAGGCAUAGCACCAAAAAGAAAGGAAAUCCAGGAAAGCAAGUGCGGCGCACGCCAAAUCGUAGCAAAACUGAGAAAAAGAAAACUAGUUCAGCAUCGACGUCAUCCACAUUCGAUGAUUACGUCAUGCUAACGUUAUUUGAGCAAAUCCUAUCUAAAACCCACCAAGAUAACGUCAUGAAGAUGCUGACUACUCCACCAACCAUCGCCUCGCAAGUCCGGGACUAUUUUAAGCUACACAAAAGAACGCCUCAGCCUUUAGCUCGAGUUAGUCUGAAGGAAAACAUACACAAAUUGUAUGACGAUGUAAUACUGCCUGAUGAUUUGCAAGAUUAUGGUUCGAAAACAACGAAUCCAUAUAACGAUAAUAUCCCCACUGAAUCUUCAAGCGACGAUACAAGCUACGAAGGCUUGAGCAACAAAAUAUCUUACAACGACUACGUAAACGGGUACAAGCACUAUUUGAAGUUCCAAAAAGAGCAGGCCAACCAGAAUUUUUCUAACCUCGUCCGGUACCAAGCGCAUAGACAUCAUAACGUAGACGAUAUUGGAAAGUUUAUACUGAACAAAAUACCACAGCUACCCACUGGGUCUCGGAAAAAGAGAUUCUCAGACGAUGACGUCAUGGAAGAUCAGGAUAUUUCCACCAAAAGCGACGAUUCCUGGUUCAAGAAGCAUUUUUACUUGUUCAUUGAUAAUGGCCCACCAAGAAAGUUUCACACUUCUCAAACUGUGGAGUUAAAAUCACCAAUUACCGAUCUUGGCUCAUCUGGUACUGAAAGCCCGAUUACUCCACGUCCUAAGAAUAAAGGUGUCACUGAAAACGCGGAAAGUUCUGGAGAAAGCAAUAAGUCUAAUAAAGAUGAGUCGGGCGAAGUGAACCUGGAACAGCUGUCAAAGGCUUUGGAUGAUCGGAAAUCUAAAGAAUUCACGAGUAUCAUGCCUGGACAAGGUGACAAAAUGAAUGAUGAAGAAAUGGAGGGGCAGAAUAAAGGGAAAAAUCAAGAUUACGAUAUAUUCAGAGGUUUCGGUGCCAUAGGUCUCGUAGAUAGAUUUUUCAAAGGCAAAGGAAGACGAACUUCUAAACAUAACGCAAAAUUUAAUAGAGAUAACACUGAACAGCUAUAUGAUGUAGAUAGAGAGAAGAGGAAUCCAAAAACAAACAUUGAGAAUACCCAUAAUUUGUAUGCUUCAUCAAUAAACACCCGCCGAUCUACAUUGCCAAAUGUAAUAGAGACUAGAAACAAAAAUUACGGUUACGUUGAUGUCAAUUUAAUUCCAAGACCAACUGCAAUAGUCAAAUUACGAGAUAAUAAUCAGAAAAAAAGCAAACUAAAGAAGUUUUUUAACAAAUUUCGAUUUCGCAAACGAAACAAGCAUAACGAAAAAAAGAAACCUACGAGAGCCAAAAGAGAAUAUUAUAGCUACAGAGUGCAAAGAUUCAACCCUUUGAAGAAACUGAAGGAUUUGUUCAAAGUGAAACAGAUAGAUAGACCAAGUCAAAGCCCCGAUAACGAAAUGCCAGAUUAUGAAAUGAUGACAUCACAUAUUGAUACAUUCAAACCAAUCAAGUACGAUAAAGUCAUGAGCCUUGAAGAAAUAAAGGGACAAAUACCAAAUAUCACCGAAGAAAUGUCGCAGAUUCAUCAAAAUGGGCCCGCAAAAGCAGCUGCAAAGCCAUCAGUAGAACAAUCGAUUGAAGCCCCUAUUGCAAGCCACAUUGCAUCUCCUGAAAAUAUGUACGACUUCUCUUCUUUAUCUAAUGUUUCAACCCCAAGUCUCUCAGAUUUUUCUGGUUCACUUAAAACUUCGACAAGAAAAUCUCCCAAGCUAAAACCCCACAUGAAUAAACCGAACACGUUCAAACAUUAUCAAGAGCCUUACUCUGGUUUAGAUAUGUCGGAAAUAACUUAUGAUCCAGCCACAAAUAAAUUGGAAACUCAUUACGGAGCGACGACACCAUCACUGGAUGAUAUUAGAAGCGAAAUUGACAGUUUACAAAUGAAACUAUCUGUACCCGAAGAAAAGCAUGAAGAAUCAACUUCGUCCCACAGUUUGCCAACUUUGCCAACUUUGCCUACUACUAGAUUCUCUAAUAACUUUUCAGCCAAGAAAAUUUUCGUACCUGCUCAUAUACAAACAGUUUCAAUACAACCCAAAGUCAAAGCAAAAGCUGAUCCGAAAGACAUAAAAAUACAGACAAAACUGACUAGAAUAGCAAAGUUUCCGCUAACGCACUUUUCCCACGAUCACAAUAAUAAAAUGAACCCUGUUAUUGAUAUACCACAAAUUUGGGAACAAGCCAAAGAAGAUAGAACUUCUAAUGAGAAGACAUUUACUGACGUUAGUCAACAGAAACGAAUAAAAAAGUCUGCGAACGCUUACGUUACCGUACACGCUAGAUUACCCACGCAGAAUUUCAACGAUUUCGGCAAACCAGACAAUUAUAAACCUUACCCUGAUUAUUUCAAUGAUUUAUUAAUGUGGCAUGGAGAUUUGCUAAACGCAGACAAACUUACUAGUCCACAAUGGGAAAAUAUACUUGAAAGUCUCAAGCAAGAUUCCGAGGUUACCACUUUGAGUAUGAUGGAUAUGCAGAGAGAGCUGAUGCAAAUGAAGGACUACUUGAAAAUUGAUGAGUCUAUGAAAAGAGUCACACCCAAGUUAAAGAAAGCAAAACUAGCAAUGAAAGUCAAGAAGGACAAAACUCGUAAUACUAACAAUAAUAAAAAGACGCAGAAUAUAAUCAAAACUGUAGCUCUAAAAGAUAAUACAGUAGCUAAAGGCAAGGAUAUAAUCAUUCAAGGACAAGCUAAAUAUCUCCAUGUCAUAAAACAACCAGAGUCCGAUUCUGAAAAGUAUAUCAAAGCUUCUGAUUUACUAAAGGAUUUGAACAAAAUAUACUUCAAGUCGCCUGCAAUCAAAUAUAAUAUAGAAGACAAAAUUCACGAUACGAAGAGAAACGGAGAAUUCUGGAUAGAAAAUAUUAAGCCUAAAAAUAAAAAUACUAGAGAUCAAGAUGGUUCUUCAGUUCUGUUUUUGGACACAACUCUACUAGCUUACGAUGAUGGAGCUGACUUCCUCACAGAACGUCCGAAACAUAAGAAAAUGUCUAAAAAUUCGUUGGUUUCUGCUAAGCCACAGCACACACAAGCUGCGUCAAAACCGGUGGCUAAAACGAACCCAUCACCGCUCCAAUACUUCAGCACACCUCUGCCAAUGAGAAUGAACGAUUUCGAGAAGUUCCUCAAAGAAAACCAACUAGAUGUCCAAUCAGUCACCACCCCUCUCGUUGGGAUGCCACAGUUUGUCGUUAAUAAAUCGCCCAAAAAAGUAACGGAGUGGAAGAAAAGCCAUACGAAAAGUAAUAAACCAGUCUUGAAAGAUAAAGCAAAGCUAGAGAAGCCAGCUCAUCUGACAACAAUAUACCCUAUCGGUGUCCUGUACAAUAAUAAAGUAGCCAGUGAGAGUAAAUCGUAUGAUGAAUUUACAAUAAAAAAUAUUUAUGCUGAGAAAUCUAAAAACACUGACGAUAAACAGAAGCGAAAGAGAUUCAGUGAAUUGCGUAACGAACGGUUCUUUACAUUCGAACCGUUCCGCAAGAUGUCCAAAGUUGAAAAAGUGAAGAAGAAAAUCAAAUUUUUCGACAAGAAAGCUACACCUUCCACCACUCAAUAUCCAGAUGUGCAUUACACGGUUAUUGCUCCUCAUAAUGAUGAUGACAUGCAGAGCGAUGUUGAAUUAACAAUCAUUAACAUGAACGAUAUCGAUCGAGGUUACAACAACAACAAGCAGUGUAAAUGUAAGCCGGAUGAGAAAAGAAGAACUGAGAUCCCAACACACGCAACUACAAAGCAUUUUACUGAUAAAAAGCAUUCCAAAACAAAAACAACUAAAGCUUCUAAUGAUGCAGCCAACCACGCCUUUGUGCAGAAAAUACACAACAAUUUACUUUACAAUCAAAAGCACAAAGACAAGAAUGAAAAGAUACCAAAAACGUCAGUUCUUGAUACUACUCCGAAUUUUGAAAACAAUGUCAUCACAGAUGAUAUUUCCACAACAACCUUCCAUCCUAUGAUUGACCAUGAGUUAUUCAAGAACUUGAAUGCUAAAAAUCCUCCAAAAAGAGUGAGGAUAAGCAGCCAUAGCUACAAAUAUGAUAUCAUUUACAACAACGAACCGAAACGAAUGGACAAACAUUUUAAUCAAGCUUCUCUGAUAGAAUUGUUGAAUAAGUUCGGAAUUUUAAAAGCGUUUGAGGAUAAAAUUGACGUUUCGGAUGGAGUGGAUAAAGCUGUUAAUGCGAGUAAAGUUUUUAGCAUCUCCGACCACACUGACGUUGAGAAGGAGCUGAAUUGGCGGAUGAAAUCACGAAGGAGGCGUCAAGAUAUAAAAGGGAAACUAAGAACGCUUCUGAGUAAAAAGUCCAAGACAACAUCUACUCCUCUAAAAGCUAAAUCACCGAGCAAAGAAGAAAAACAUACAACUGCAGGCAGAUUUGAAGAACACAAACCGAAAAGACAGAAAAAGGACGAUGACAUAAAGGGAGAUGGCAUGAGCACGGUUGAAGAUGGCUUCAGCGUUGACUACACCUUUGACAUCGACAGGGUUGUCGAAAGGGCUACAGCCAAUAGUGCGACGACAAGAAAAUUGACGGCGAUGACUAAAGAUAACACAGUGAAAGCACAUGACGAUAUGCUGUUCAGUGAUGCUGACAUACCGUACCUACCGCCGAUGACAAGUGAAGAUAUACCCCCAUUGAAAGAUAAUUACACAUCUGUAAGUUCUGGAAAACUAAACAAAGAAACAACGCCGAUAACUACAGCAAAAACCACAACAGCGAAAAGCCAUCCUCUAAGUUCUUUGCCUAUUCCCGCUAAAGCAAAAGAGAAAGCACAUUCAAAACACAACGAAGAAAUAUACUUUGAACCUUCGAUUUAUGACAAUAAGAUAUACUACGAGCCAGGCACUAGCACCACAAAAUCUAGUUUAUUGAUUAAAGAGACACUGAAAGCCAAAGGGACUCCAAAAUUACAAACGAAACCCACAGAAACGAAACUUGAGAAACGCGAUAUUCAACCAGCAGGAAAGUUUACAGCAAAAGAUGUCGCUGCACUUGAAGUCAUUGUAGAUUUAGUCAAAAACACAGUCAAUUACGAAGAACGUGAUGCUCUGCAAGAAUUUACAGAGAACUAUUACCACAAUCAUCCUUCUGCAGCAACAACAACUACCCCAGUUCCAAAGUCUACGCAAGGCUCAAACUCCAUUCAAGUUCAUAUUGCCAUACCCUAUAAUCUUCAAGUAGACAAGAAGAGAUCUCUAGACUCUUUCAAAGUGAGACGAGUCUUCGCAGCGAAGAUGUUUUCUCCAGUAGACUUGGAGUACCAAGUCCAGGCUUUCGAAGAAACUAGGCCAACUACAGCAGCAACGGAACCUGAAGAUUUGAUGACGCCAAAGAUGUACUUGCUUAUAGAUGCAAACGGGUCGAUAGCUAAAGGAAAUUUUUCGCUAAAACCUUUGCCAGGCAAUAUAGAUUUAUCUAAAGUGAGAAUCAGACAAGUGGCUACAACUAAAGCAUUUGCGACGCAGAAAGCAGAAACUACGAGUGGCAAAGCCAUUGGCAGAGUCACUCUCAGCAAAGACUUCGUAGCUGCUGUGAAUAAACAUUUAGUGCAACUUUACGAGAAUUUGACUGCAAUAAACGAGUCUAUAUCAAGACACAAUGUCAAAAUUAGGGAGACCAAUAUGUUCAGUGGUCCAUCUAAAACUUCAGGAGUCAAAACAAACUAUAGACGUCACAUAAACUGGGACACAGUCAAGAAAUAUUUCGGACAUGACAGAGUUUGUAAUUGCAAGUGCAAAGCUAAUAGGACAAUGUGUAGAGCGUGCGCUGCUAGCGAUGCAGUUAUUUCAGAGUUGAUUUUCGAAUUUGAAAAUUUGGCGAAGUAUAUGAACGAUCAUUGUACUGAAAUACAGACAUUCUUCUGGAUGAAUCCCAGUGGAGGCAAAAAACUGAGAGAUACAGUUCACAAAGUAGACCAAACUUUGCAUGAUUACUUCAAAAGGGUCCGGGGCAAGUGCCAAGGGCGCACCUGCAAAACCUUUUCGACUUGUAUAGACAAGCGUAGUUUUGUCAAAAAGAAGAAAAUGCCCAAAAAAUAUAUUGGCGACCCUUUGAUCGCAGAUUUGCAAUGCGUAGCUAACGAUAUUGAAAUUGCUUCAAAAUUAGGCAUUUGUUACAAUAACAAUUUCAUAGAAAGGGGCGAAACAUUGAUCAAUACUAUUGGAAAUUGUAUCAGAGACGUUUCAAAGCGAGAAGAACCAAAUCCAACUAAGCAGAUAAAAAAUGUAUAUUCCCUGGACAACAUAAACGUGAAUAUCAUUUGCAAACCGGAAUCAAGAGUAGCCAUUGCUUCAUCCACUGCAUUUACUCCAAAUACUGAGGCUUCAUUAGUUACAGCAGGCCUCAAUUUUAUGGAAAGCCCGUAUCUCUACGAUUAUGACACCGAUUCUGUUAAAUACACAAAGAGGAAAAGCUUCCGAAACUUUUUUGGUAAUAAAAAAAUCGGGAAGAAAAUGAAUCAUAUUUUUACAUACUACGUCACUAAAGAUACUACACCACCUAUGAGGUUUAAGAAAAGACAAAUAACUGGACAAAUCGAGUCUCCAUUAGUUUCUGAUUCAGGUGGAACGUUUUGGCAAGAUUACAUGAAAGGCAACUCUUUGCCUCAGAAGUUUACGAGUGAAAUGGUUGAAGAAACUGUAAAUGAUGAUCAUACCUUAUAUCCCAAAGACCAUGGUGAAUUAGAAGCAAAAAAAUCAAUGUCCGUAGCAAAGUGGCUUAGCAUACUGAGAACAACUGCUAAUCUUUAUCCAAAGAAACAUGUUUUCCAACGCGAUGUGAAUACCACAGACUAUGCAUCGGUUGACACUUUGUCUCACAACAUCAAUGAGCUCUUUAAAAUAUUCCACAACAUGACAGACCUUAAAGAAAUAGAAGACAUGUCUACACGAACUAUGGAAUUAUUAGAAAAACAUACAACGCCCAAACCGAAGAAAAACAAGACAAAAACGACGACGAAGAUUUACAAUAUUAUAAAAUCAAAGCUGAAUUUCAAGCAUAAACCUAAUGCUCCAAAGACUGUGAUAAAUGUUCCUAAAACUCCCAAAAUGUCUUCGACAGUAGGAAGCAGUGAAGAUAAUGUCGUUAUUCCAGUACCAGAUAAUACUCAGUCAUUACAGACCACGACUACAGAACUUCCCAGCACUACAACUGAAACUACAAUAAGGACUACAAGAACUACUACUGCAAAAAGUACUACAACAACUACAGAACCAGCAACGUUAAAAUCUUCAAAGGCUAAAGAAGAAUCAACUCAAACAAGUCACAAAGAACAGGAGUCAACUCAAUCUGUAUCCCCUAAAGAAGAAUCCACAACUUUUACUGAAUCUAGAGAGGACGCAAAUUUUAAAGAAACUAAUGAUGUCACCGAAAAAUCUACAGCAAGUUUCUUACAUAAACUUAAAGUGGCUACUCUAGACUUCUUCCACAAAAAAGCUAACGAGUUCCGAAAGACAACCGCUAUCACGGACAGCACUGAAGAAAUAAGGAAAUCAAGAUCUUCAGUCACGGAGAGUAGUAAACUUAAAACAACUAAGAAUAAAAUCGAAAAACCCAAAGCACAUAAAGUGGAGGCCAGUAAAAAUUUAGAUUCGCAAUCAACAACAGACAAUAAUCCAACAAUACUCAUAAUAAAUGAAUAUGACACCGAAAUGGAGCCCAAUUUUGGGAUGAAUUCACCUGAAGGCUAUAAUUUAGAUUUUGAAAGAAUGUCUUCAAGUACAGAUAACUUUAUGCAUGACAAUUCACGCAGUUUAUUACUGACUAUACUAAAUUAUGAAGCGAAGAAACUGAAUAGUGAACUGAGAAGAAUAAAGAAGGAUAAUGAUGAAAUGAAAAGCAAUGAUUCAAGGAACAGCAAAAGGGGAAUAUUCAGACUCUUUAUUAGCACUGAAAGCACCAUCAAGACAUCAAGAAACUCGGAAAGCGACUAUGACAUCAUAAGAACCCUCAAGGAUUUAGAGCUGCCGACUCCUAAAGGGCUGGAGGAGAGUAAGGGUUCUGGUCUGCUACAGAAGAUUGCCAACAAGUUUGGAGUGAGGGUAGUUCCAAACACACUUAGUGAAAAGCCAAAAGUCGCGUUCACGAAGCUACCACCGCCGCAGAGCACCACGCCUCCACCACGAAAGCAGUCCACAACGACAAAACAGAAGGAAAAGCAGCCACAGAUGAAGGGAAACACAAGCAAACCUAAAGGCGAGAAUACCCCGAAUACCUCAAAGGUGAAAACGGUGAAAGUGAAUCCAAAGGAUUCUUUACCAGAACCUAAAGUGACGGUAUGCGUUAACAGCAAUCAAGAGGCGUCUAGAUCCCACGCCGGUCAAGUCUGCGACAUCGAUUCCACCUUCAAACGAGUCCAGGAAAUGCUCAAGUCUCUUCCCAGAAAAGAAGUAGAACAGUACAUCGCCAAUAAGACCUGCGACAAAUUCAAGAAGCUUCCCAACUACUUCCUCAUAGAGAUAGCUCACAGGAAACGCAGGAAGAAAAUGAAAAAAUACGAAGAAAUAACUUCUACGGAACACAUUUUGAAAUGGGAUUGGAUACGAAAUAAAAGAUCAAUAAAUUAUGAUGAAAUUGAAAAAGAUAACGAAUUAAGAUGGCUGACUGACAGAAAGGAUAUGCUGACGUACGACAACGUCAUCGUGGAUGGACCAAAAUUGAUGAUAAAAGAAGUGGAAGCGAGGAAUUUGGGAGAAUAUACGUGUAAGAAGGAUCUAAGAGCAGUUCAGUUGCUUGGUCCAAUGAUGGGCAAAGAGAUAUGCUCUAAAGACCAGCUCUGCGGUGUACAGAUUGAGGAGCCAGUCUGCUUGCAAGACAGAGAGUCCAGCACAGCAUACGUACGCAUGACGGCCAAGAUGAGCGUCCUCCCGGGCCAAGGCGUGGAGUGCAGCGCCCGCUGCCGCCGCGACCUGCACGACUCGUUGGCGCUGAUGGCCGCUGCCGACGCCCCGGCCUUGGCGGCUGUUAAAGUUAUGAUAAUGUAUGACGACAUGAACAAAACAUUGGUGCCUUCGUCUUCUUCGGAUAGCAGAAGAACAAUCAUCACUCAUACGCUUCGAAGAAAAGAUUCGGACCCCCACCAUGACUAUUACAGCCCAAGUUUUUAUUCCGAGAGCAUCAACGUCUUCGCGUCCUGUCCUGCUGGGUACUACCUGAUUCCUGACCAGAAGUUGUGUGGUGAGACCUUGUCCAUUCGCUACGACCCUUGA